AUGACCUAUCGCAAAAGGCGGGCAUCUAAAUGUUUCAAGUGUUUCUUUCGCGAAGCUGGCUCGCGAAGGGGAGGGCUUCGUGCAAGGGAGAAAGCGAACGUGACUUUUGGGGUGCAACGCGCGUGCGAAGAACGCCCCGCCCCUUCUCUGGCCACACGAUGGAGUAUCACGUAUGAGAACGGCAGGAAUAAAACGGAUAGCGAAACAUUAGUUUUGAGGUUUGUCCGCUGUGGGAUGUAUCAGUCUGUCGGGGAAAUAACGGCGGGUCGUCGUGACUUGGAAUCGCCAUCAUCGUGUGGCGACGGCUAGCCGCGGCUGCACCAACUUUUUCUGCGACGACCCGUCGUUUUCCCGACAGACUGAUAUAGUACUUAUAAGGCAUCAAAGACAGAUGGAUAAAAUGUUGGCAUCCUUCUCUCGGGUUUACCCCCGCUUGGUCAUCCGAGCUUACAGUACCGCUACACCAUCGGCACAAGGUCGUGUUGGUGUGCUCUUCGGUCAGAAUCCGAAUGGAUUUCUCAGAUACGAACGAGAUGUUUCCAGAGAUCCCAAAUCCAAGAAGCCUCAAAAACAAGGCGAUACUCCUGCACGGUAGGUUACGGUAGUUUAACAAUGUGACUGGGUUCGAGAGUAUUACUGUAUGUUUCUAGAUUCAUGCUUCGUCGUCUCGGUCACGCCUACGAGGUAUACCCUCUGAUCGGAUUGGUCACUCUCUGGUUCUCGGUCUUCUUGUACAUGGUCUGGUUCAGUUUCGACAAAGUUGAGAUUUGGCUGGACAGAAGUAAGUCGAUAUUUUUGUAACUUACAUUGCAAUUCAGGUAAAAAGACGGCUCCAUGGGAUUGGGAACGAAUUCGGAAUAAUUACUGGAAAUUGAACACGGUCAUGUAAGCCAAUUAUUCGGAAAUAUAAGGAUGCUGCGAUCUACAAUUUUUCGCAUUGACUGGCCCGAUUUCUUGACUGUAGCUCCCAGACAAGAAAUCCGAAAUUCUUGAUUACUGACGAGGGAAGUACCCCAAGUGCGACGCUCAGAUUUUCUUUAAAUUUUGCCCACACGUCUGGGAUAGACUAAAUAUCAAUUCCUGAAAGUUUUAGCUCGCGCUUUGCAGGCGCCGCCGAGAUAUCGGACGAUUUAUGCCGCCGAGAGGGCACGCUAAACGUGGAGAGCGGUCAGAGAGAAAAACGCUUUUUGGCUAUAACUUUGGCAGUUUCGUGCGGAAAAAUUUGAUUUUUUGUAGAAACUUUAUCCUUUACGGUAGAAAUAGGCAUGAAACUUUUCGUGCGGAAAUUCGGCAAAAAGUCAUAAAUUUUCGCCGACUUUCGAUCUAAAAAUCUCGGUUGUUUCUGCAAAGCGCGAGCUAGGAUUCUCGCAUAUAUCUUAGAAAAAUUAUUCUAAAUUUGUGCCGGGUUUCAUCAAAAUCUGAGCGUCGCACUUGGGGUGCUUCCCCUGUGAGCAGAGAAAAAAGGAAAAAAAUCUUCACGUGGAGAGAGUAGGGUUCAGAAAAAUCGGGUAUUUACACCUCGCGGGUAUAUACCCGAAAUUUCGGGUAUAUUGGGGAAUUUAUAAAAUAUUCCAGUUUCUUUCACGUUCUGUAGCGGCUCCGGGUAAUGAGUUGGCAAUUUUAUAGACCUUGGGCAAGGGGCGUGCGCAGCCGGACCGAGCCCCACAGGUUUAAUCCAAAAACGCGGCGCUGAAAAUUUUAUCUUGGCCCCCCUUCAAGAAAUCGGCCUUUUUGUCAGUCAAGGCGAGAAAUUGUAGACCGCACCAUCCUCAUGUAUUUUUGUUUAGUUUCGAUUUGAAAGGAGUGACCCACAGACGACUCGAGAUCAUGGAAAAGCUGCAGGACGAGAUGAUGGAGGCGGCCAAGAAGCGUGGAACCCGUCAAUGA